AUGGCGGACGCAGAUGUGCCACAGGAAGAGGCUGCCCCUGUGGCGGUCUUCAAGAAAAGGGGCGCGAAAGGCAAGGCCAACCUGAGGAAACGGCCAGCAACGCCACCUCCCGCCGCAAGCGACAGCGACAGCGACAACUACUCGUCCUCCGAGGACGAAGCUGGCCAACGAGUGAAGCGGCGCAGGAAGAACGCGGUAGUCACCGUCACAUCGAAAGGCGGUACCGGCAGCGACAGGGACCUGGUGGCGACCAAGUUCACGGCAGACCGAAGCGCCCCGAUUACGAGCGCAAACGAUGCGACCAAACAGAGCAACUGGUUCGACGACGAAGCCAAGGAUGCCAUGUCGGCCAAGAACUUGCUUGGCUCGACGCGGGCUUUGGCCAAAGGGGAGCAACAGCCUGACGGCACCUACAAGGGCCUUGCGAACCAAACAUCCUUCAUACAGAAGAAUCCAGACGCACCGCAGAGAAAAGUAGGCCCCAUCAAGGCGCCGACCAACAUUCGAACCAUCACCGUCACGGACUUUGCACCGGAUGUGUGUAAGGACUACAAACAAACCGGCUUCUGCGGGUUCGGUGACAAUUGCAAGUUCCUCCACAGCAGAGAAGAUUACAAGCAAGGCUGGCAGCUCGACAAGGAAUGGGAGAAUGUGACGAAGGGCAAGAAGAACCUGGGAGGGACAGUGGUGGCCAACGCCAACCGCGACAAGGCCAAGGACGACGACGACGACGACGAGGCGAUGCUCGAGAACAUACCCUUCGUAUGCAUCAUCUGCAAGGACGCGUACAAGGAACCGGUGGUAACGCGAUGUGGUCACUACUUCUGCGAGGGCUGUGCCCUCAAGAGAUACCGGCGGGACCCGACGUGUGCCGCAUGCGGGGCAGGCACCAACGGGGUAUUCAACGGUGCAAAGAGGCUCAAAAAGCUACUCGAGAGGAAACGAGAGCGCGCGGCAAAGAGGAGACAAGAGGCCAUAGACGCCGGUGAGGAGGUUAGCGACGAAGAGGAUCAGGACGAGGCUUGA